AUGGUGAAGCCCCACGCGGUUGUGGUGCCAUACCCGGCCCAGGGCCACGUGCUGCCGAUGCUAGAGCUUUCUCAUCGCCUUGCGGACCACGGCAUCAGGGUCACUUUCGUCAACACCGAUUUCAUCCACGACCGGGUCAUGAAAUCGAUUUCGGACUCGGCCUCGGAGUCCGGCCCGGAUGUUCGCCGGGAAGUGAGAAUGGUCUCGAUUCCGGACGGGGUCGAGCGGCCGGAGGACAGGGAAGACCUCGGGAAGCUGACGGAAGGGAUUUUCCGGGCGAUGCCGGGUGGUUUGGAGUCUGUAAUCGAGAGAUCGGCUCGGGUCGGAGAACCGGUGAGCUGCGUAAUUGCCGACGGACAAUUUGGGUGGGCUUUUGACGUGGCGGCCAAGUUCGGGAUUAAGAAGGUGGGCUUUGGGUUGGCUUCAGCGGCGGCGCGGGUGUCGCUGCUGAGCAUUCCACGGCUUAUAAGUGAUGGGAUCAUAGACGGUGAAGAUGGAACAAUCUUGAAGAGGCAGAUGGUUCAGUUGGGCCCGGGCACUCCUCCCCUGCAUUCCACCAACUUCAUAUGGGCCUCGGUCGGGGACCGGCCCACUCAGAAAAUCAUCUACGACAUGCUCCGGAAAAUCCCCGACUCGGAAAAGAACGCCGACCGACUCUACUGCAACUCUUCGUACAAUCUCGAGCCCGGCACGUUCUCCGAGCAUCCCGACGCCACUCCCAUCGGCCCGCUCCUCGCUAGCAACCGCCUCGCGAAAUCCUCCGGCCACUUCUGGCCGGAGGACCGCGCCUGCAUGACGUGGCUCGACCGCCACCCGGCCGACUCGGUCGUGUACGUCGCGUUCGGGAGUUUCGCCGUGCUCGACCCAAAACAGUUCCGCGAGCUGGCACUCGGGCUCGAGCUCACGGGAAGGCCGUUUUUGUGGGUCGUUAGGCAGGACGUGAUGACCCAUAUAGAAGAGGAGGGCUUUCGGAAGAGGGUCGAGGAGCGUGGGAAUAUGGUAGUCCGGUGGGCCCCACAGCAGGAGGUUUUGUCCCACCGAGCGGUCGGGUGCUUCGUGAGCCACUGUGGGUGGAACUCGACGGUCGAGGGGAUUGUGUGCGGUGGGGUGCCGUUCGUUUGCUGGCCGUAUUUCGCGGACCAGUUUCUGAACGAGUCGUAUAUUUGCGACGAGUGGAAGAUUGGGUUGAGGCUAAGGAAAGAUGAGAGUGGGAUUGUAGGGUGUGGGGAGAUUAAGGAGAAGUUGGAAAGGGUUUUGGGUGAUGAUGAGGGGUUUAAGGAGAGAGCUUUGGAUCUUCAAAGGAAAACCUUGGAUAGUGUUGAGAGAGGGAACUCUCGUGAGAAUUUCAAUGAUUUUAUUGAGUGGAUUAAGGAAGGAUGA